AUGAAGCCACCACCGUCGUCGUCUGUGUCGUCUCUUUCGAGUCGAAGGGAAGCCAAGAGAACGAGACGAUACGUGAUGUUGUUAGCUUUCGUUUCUUUUCUCGCCCCACUGGUUUACCAUCAAAAUCACGAGUCGCACCCGCAAACGAAGCGAGGAGAGAGCCGAAUAUCCACCUUCGCACAUCAUCACUUCUCUUCUUUACACGAUCAACAUCGAACAUCGAUUGCCAAGAGUUACGGACACGUGGGUCAAAUCGAAGACGACGACGAAGAUGAUGUUAUUGCGCACAAUAAUAGAAAUGAUGAGGGGAGUUCUUCUCUUUCUUCUUCUUCUUCUCCUUCCAACUGCAACAAGAGAGGGAUUGUCGUGAACAACAAGUGUCAGUGCUUGAAAUUGUGGCGCGGCAGAACGUGCGAGGAAGGUCCGAACAUCUUCUCGUUCAAGAGUAAAUCGAGCGAAAAGCUUCCGUCUUCGAGAAAAGUUGACAUUCCUUUACAGUUUGAAGGCGACUUCACGACGAACAAAGAGCAACUUCGCAAAACGUGCGAAGAUGGGAACAUUAAAGUGUUCUUACCGGGUAAAGUACCGCCAAUGCGAGUUAUCGGUACGUGCAAAUCUGUGGAACAAGCCGGUGUGCCUUUAAAAGAUGUCGUCUCCAAAAAGCCGUAUAAAAGUUGCGCCGUUGUGGGAAACUCCGGGAUGUUGGCGUACGGGCAAAACGGGAAGGAGAUUGAUUCCCACGACGUCGUCAUACGAUUCAACGGAGCACCUACGAAGGGUUUAGAAAAUCGCGUCGGGACAAAAACAACGUUUAGAUUGGUAAAUUCAAAAUGGUUAGAUUUUAGAGAAUCGAAAGAUGAAGUUAUCUUGUGGAACAUGAGAGGAGCAGGAGCGCUCGAAGAUUACAUCAAGCGCCGCGCAGAGAAAGGAAAAGACGAGAAAUUUUAUCUUUUAUCUUCGAGUUUCGUAAAUUACGUCGGAGAAAUGGCAUACCAAUUGUCGAAUUCGUUCGAUAAUUUACCGGGAGGUUUCAACGCCGGCGAUUACACGCCAACAAGUGGGUGGACUGGAUUAAUUUUGGCGGUCAACGUUUGUACGGAAGUAAAAUUGUACGGCAUGCAAAUUUCAGAAGCGCAGGGUGUUCCGUAUCAUUACCACAACCGAUGCCCUCAACCGUACGGCGAGAGAGACCAAGCGGAGUGGUUAAUGUUUCAGAGAUUUGCUCGACACAAGUUAGCUUCGUUUAAGGAACCGUGCAUAGAAGAAUGUCACACCGAUAAUCCAGACGAUUGUAAGAGAUGCAUGUCGGAGAGGUCUGAUUUUUACGGCGAAGAAGCCACAAAGGAAGGGAGAAUAGCAUGGGAAAAGAGCCCAAUGCCGCAUUACUGCUUAGCGAGAUCGAUGUUGCUAGAAAAAGAAAAGAAACACAUGGAAAAAGGGGGGCAAUCCUACACGAAGGAGGAGCGGGAUAAAUUUCUGAGUGAAAUCAACAAGAAAAUUGCGCCUCCUGCGCCUCUGAGAGCACCUAGGAAGAGAAGGCCAGCGAAAUGA